GUCUAAAAACAGACGACAACCCCAGUGAAGAAAGUGCCGAGGCUCACUCAGUCGCUUUGUGUCCCAUCCGCCCGUCUUGGUCUUUCUCUGCUUGAAGAAGCCACGAGACAAGCGCAGGAAAAAUGGAGGCCAUCAAGAAGAAGAUGCAGAUGCUGAAGCUGGACAAGGAGAAUGCCAUCGACCGAGCAGAGCAAGCCGAGGGGGACAAGAAAGGAGCAGAGGACAAAUGCAAACAGCUGGAAGAGGAGCUCCUGGGUCUGCAGAAAAAGCUGAAAGGAGUGGAGGACGAGCUGGACAAGUACUCGGAGUCGUUGAAGGAUGCUCAGGAGAAGCUGGAGCAGGCCGAGAAGAAGGCAGCAGACGCUGAGGCUGAGGUGGCAUCUCUCAACAGGCGCAUCCAGCUGGUGGAGGAGGAGUUGGACCGAGCUCAGGAGAGACUGGCAACUGCGCUCCAGAAGCUCGAGGAGGCUGAGAAAGCAGCCGAUGAGAGUGAGAGAGGGAUGAAGGUGAUCGAGAACAGGGCAGGCAAGGAUGGGGAGAAAAUGGAGAUCCAAGAGAUGCAGCUGAAAGAGGCCAAACAUAUUGCUGAAGAAGCUGAUCGCAAAUAUGAAGAGGUGGCACGUAAACUGGUCAUCCUUGAGGGCGAUCUGGAGCGUUCGGAGGAGCGUGCAGAGGUGGCCGAAGCGCGAGUGAGGGAGCUGGAAGAGGAACUGGGCUUAAUGGACCAGAAUAUGAAAUCUAUGAUGUGCGGAGAGGAAGAGUAUUCACAAAAGGAGGACAAAUAUGAAGAAGAAAUUAAACUUCUUACAGACAAACUUAAAGAGGCGGAGACCCGAGCAGAGUUUGCAGAGCGGUCUGUGGCCAAGCUGGAGAAGACCAUUGAUGAUCUGGAAGAUGAAGUGUAUGCUCAGAAACUAAAGGGCAAGGCUCUGAGUGAGGAGCUGGACCUGGCUCUCAAUGACAUGACCACACUGUAGAAGCUUUCUUCUCUGCUUGCCUGCUGCUGUUCUACUGUGGAAUUAUCAGCCACAAACUUCUCAUCAGAUCACAUCCUGCCUACCUUCAGUGCACUGCUGGCUCAGGCCCAACAGUGUGGCGUUCUGUCCAACGUAGAUUUGCUUUCAUUGCAGUGUGUUUUGCUGAGCUAGCAAUUCUUUCCUUCAUUUCCACAGUUGAAAUGUUUACUUGCCACACUGCAUUGUAAUAAAUCUAUUUCAACACUCUCCAUUUCUCUGUUUUCCUCCA